CUUUCUCCAUCUCAUUGACUCUUCUUAAACAUCUCUAAGGUAUUGAAUCAAAGCAGUUUUUGAAGGAGAAGGAGAAUCUUUUGGCUCAAGUAACCUAAAACCAUGGCGGCUAAAGAUGGAGCAAAGAGCCAAGAAGAAUACAAGCUCAAAGACACGAAACCAGACCUAGGAGAGAAAUGGCCACACGGAGGACAACGAGGUGGAAGUGGAUGGAUCAGCAGCGAAAGAGUUGCAAGCACAUACGACCUCGUUGAGCAAAUGUUUUACCUCUACGUCCGUGUCGUCAAAGCCAAAGAUCUUCCUCCAAACCCUGUCACAAGCAACUGCAACCCUUACGUUGAAGUAAAAAUAGGAAACUACAAAGGUAAAACCAAACAUUUCGAGAAAAGAACAAACCCUGAGUGGAACCAAGUCUUCGCCUUCUCCAAAGACAAGAUCCAGUCCUCUACAGUUGAAGUCUUUGUCCGUGACAAGGAGAUGGUUACAAGAGAUGAUUACAUAGGGAAAAUUGUGUUUGAUAUGCAUGAGAUACCUACAAGAGUUCCUCCUGAUAGUCCACUUGCACCUCAAUGGUAUAGACUAGAAUCUCGCCGUGGUGAUCAAGUUAAGAAGAGAGGAGAGGUUAUGGUGGCUGUUUGGCUUGGGACGCAAGCUGAUGAAGCGUUUCCUGAUGCUUGGCAUUCAGAUGCUUCCUCUGUUCAAGGAGAAGGUGUUCAAAAAGCGUUAGGUCUAAGGUCUAUGUAUCACCUAAACUGUGAGGCUCAAGAUGUUGAGCCUAGUGAUAGGAGCCAACCUCCUCAAGCUUUUGUUAAGGUUCAGGUUGGGAACCAGAUUCUUAAAACAAAGUUAUGUCCUAACAAGACAACGAAUCCUACGUGGAAUGAAGAUCUUGUGUUUGUAGCUGCUGAGCCGUUUGAGGAACAGUUGUUCUUGACGGUUGAAAACAAGGUGUCUUCAGCUAAAGAUGAAGUCAUGGGGAGGCUGAUCUCACCGUUGAAUGUGUUUGAGAAAAGAUUAGAUCGUAGAGAUGUUCACUCCAAAUGGUAUAACCUAGAGAAAUUUGGGUUUGGUGCAUUGGAAGGAGACAAGAGACAUGAGCUCAAGUUCUCUAGCCGCAUUCAUCUACGAGUUUGCCUUGAAGGAGGGUACCAUGUAAUGGAUGAAUCAACUCUUUACAUCAGUGACGUGAAACCCACGGCAAGACAACUAUGGAAGAAACCUAUAGGAAUCCUUGAGGUAGGUAUCUUGAGUGCUCAAGGGCUUUCACCGAUGAAAACUAAAGACGGUAAGGCCACAACAGAUCCUUACUGUGUUGCUAAGUACGGACAAAAGUGGGUGAGGACAAGAACCAUCAUCGAGAGCUUUAGCCCUAAGUGGAAUGAGCAAUACACAUGGGAAGUGUAUGAUCCGUGUACAGUUAUUACACUUGGAGUUUUUGAUAAUUGUCAUCUUGGUGGGAGCGAGAAGUCAAACAGUGGAGCUAAAGUUGAUGCUAGAAUAGGUAAAGUAAGGAUCAGGUUAUCAACCCUAGAGGCAGAUAGAAUCUACACUCACUCUUACCCUCUUCUUGUGCUGCAAGCAAAAGGGUUAAAGAAGAUGGGAGAGGUGCAAUUAGCUGUGAGAUUCACUUGUCUGUCUUUGGCUCAUAUGAUCUUUCUUUAUGGCCAUCCUCUGCUUCCAAAGAUGCAUUAUCUCCAUCCCUUUACUGUGAACCAACUAGACAGUCUUAGAUACCAAGCAAUGAGCAUUGUCGCGGCGCGGUUAUCUAGGGCAGAGCCUCCUUUGAGAAAAGAGAUAGUAGAGUACAUGUUAGAUGUUGAUUCACACAUGUGGAGCAUGAGGAGGAGCAAAGCUAACUUCUUCAGGAUAGUCUCUGUGUUCUCAAACUUGAUAGCUAUGAGCAAAUGGCUUGGAGACAUUUGCUACUGGAAGAAUCCAUUGACAACAAUAUUGUUUCAUGUUCUCUUCUUUAUAUUGAUUUGUUAUCCAGAGCUGAACCUCCCAACAGCAUUCCUCUACAUGUUCUUGAUAGGUCUCUGGAACUUCCGGUUCAGGCCUCGUCUUCCUCCUCACAUGGACACAAAGAUCUCAUGGGCUGAAGCUGCUACCCCCGAUGAGCUAGAUGAGGAGUUUGACACUUUUCCGACAUCAAAGGGACAGGAUGUUGUGAAGAUGAGGUAUGAUAGGUUAAGAAGCGUUGCUGGUCGGAUUCAGAUGGUUGUUGGAGACAUUGCAACGCAAGGGGAGAGGUUUCAAGCACUGUUGAGUUGGAGAGAUCCUCGUGCUACUUGCUUGUUUGUGAUGCUUUGUCUUGUUGCUGCGGUGAUCUUGUACGUGACGCCUUUCAAGAUAGUAGCUCUUGCGGCUGGGAUGUUUUGGAUGAGGCAUCCUAAGUUUAGAAGCAAGAUGCCUUCUGCUCCAAGUAAUUUCUUUAGGAAGCUGCCUUCAAAAGCAGAUAUGAUGCUUUAAAUG